AUGCAAACACUUCAUUUUGAUGCUUUUAUAGUACCCGCCUACACCACACAUUCUCCUGAAGUUGUUUCUCAUAAAUAUCUAAUGGAUAAGGGACGAAUUACUUUAGUUGAACUUGCUUGUUGGGCUAGUCAUAUGCAAAUUUGGUCGGCGAUUACAUUUUCCACAAAUAAUGACAGUUGGUCAUUGGUGUUCGAAGAUGACAUUGAUCUUGAAACAUUAACAUUAGAAGUACUUCAGUCAUUUCCGAAUGAUCUGUGGAAUAAACCAGAUUUAAUCUAUCUUGGCUCUUGUGGCAAUAUACCUGGUUCAAAAAUCUAUGAAGGAGCAUAUGGUUAUCGGAUUCAUCAAGCACUUAAUCCAAGUUGUACACAUGCAUAUGCAAUUCGAUCAUAUGUUGCUGCCAAACUUCUACGUCUAUUAUCUUCACCACGAAGAGCAGUUGAUGAUGAAAUUGUUCUUCUAUCGAAGAGUCAAAAACUAUUGGUAUAUAGUAUUCAUCCACCAUUAGCAAUACAAAGAUCGAUAACAUCUUCGAAUCCAUCCGAUGUGAAUCCAGUAAAAGUCUCAUGGUCAUUUCAAGUCAAAGCACAUAUCGAUUCUAUGUUGCAGUGGUGGCAAGGUGCAGAAGUACUAGAUAAACUAAAAGACUCAGCAUUAGCCAAAGCUGAUUUCGAGAAAGCUGUAGCAUGGAGAGAGAAAAAUGAACAUGGGAUUUGGAAGAAUGGAAAUAGAAAUAAUUCUGGUUGUGUUGGAUGUUAA